AUGCUCGAUAGGUUGGAAGACGAUACAUAUGCGUACCGGCGAAAGAUCAACCAUUACUACCCUUUCCACGACGAAGGCGAAUGGGAAUUAGGGAAGUUCUUGGUCGAAAACCUCACUCAAACGCAAAUCACUAAGUUUUCGAAGUUGAAAUGGUUUAACGAUCACCCAAGACCGUCUUUCACCACGAAGGAUAAACUCUUGGACUGGAUGGACUCGCUUCCUUGUUUUACGGAGUGGCAAGUCUCCAAAAUAGAGUUUUCAGGCUACAAGACCGUUUAUCCCAUCGAACUCAUUUGGCGCGAUGCAUUGGAUGUAGUCAAGCAACUUUUUAGUGACCCUAUCUUUGCGAACCAUAUGACGUUUGUCCCACACCACAUCGGUGUCGGUAAUCAGCGUGAAUAUGGAGAUUACAUGAGCGCUGAUAUGGCAUGGAAAAUCCAGGACUACCUGCCUAUUGGCGCAACCCAGGUUCCCAUCAUCUUGGGAUCCGAUAAAACUCCUGUCACGCGACUUACUGGAGGACUGGAGAUGCACCCGAUUUUCAUCACCAUCGGUAAUAUCGAUUCGGAGGUUCGUUCUAAAGCAACAUUACGAGCUUGGCGCUGCAUUGCCUACAUGCCAAUCGUAAAGUUCCGUGUGCAUACAGAUUAUCAGAGUAUUCUUCAGGCACGGCUAUGGCAUAAAUGCAUGGACCUCGUCUGUGCUAACCUCAAGGCCGCGGCAGCAGAGGGAUGUUUCAUGCCUGACCCUUUUAGAUUUAUCCGUUAUGUUUUCACGCCCCUUACAGUUGAUCCCUGGGACCUUGACAAGUUCCAGAAAGCGGCCAAAGUUCUCAAUCUGUCUGGAGUUCACAUGCCUUACUGGCGUGAUUGGAUAUAUGCAUGCCCAUCCGUCUUCCUCGCUGGCAAAAUUCUACAUACCUGCUUCAAAUUUUUCGCUGAUCACCCGCUCAAAUGGGUGAAGGAGACUGUAGGAGCUUACGAGCUUGAUACCCGUUACAUUGCUCAGCAUAAGCGGGUUGGCACGCGCCACUUCGCCAAAGGGAUCACGCAUGUCAAGCAAAUGACGGGCUGUGAAUAUAGAGAUAUACAACGCACUAUCGUUGCAUCAAUCGCAGGUGCUGUUUCACCCAGAUUUAUUCGCGCAAUCCGCGGCCUUGUAGACUUCACAUAUCUUGCACAACACCCAGUUCAUUCACCCCAAUCACUCCAAGCCAUGACGCAGGCACUUUCGGAUUUUCACUCCUUCAAGGACGCUAUCGUCGCUGCAGAAGCGAGGAAGGGGAAGAAAGGCGUGAAAGAAGAUUUCUUUAUUCCAAAACUCGAGCUAAUGCAAAGUUUCGAGGGUACGAUCAGGAGGUUGGGCACGUUGAUGCAAUUCUCAGCUGAUACGACGGAGCGAUUGCUCAUAACACACUGUAAGGACCUUUUCCCUCGGACGGCUCGACAAAGCAAAGAUUUCACGGAGCAGUGCGUUCGUAUUCUUAAUCGUCAGGAGUUGAUGGAAAUAUUUGAUUUAUAUGCGUUGUUGACUUCUCGGGGAGCAUCACUGGUCAAUGCCAUACACGCUGAAGAUGAGGAUGUCACAAUCGCUAAUCCUGCACUUUCUUGGGUUUCCCGCAUACUCCCUGACGAGGUGAAGUCGGUUCAUGGUCCCAGACCAGUCCGUAACCAUUUUCUCAAGGGCAUUCUUUCUGGAGACGCGCUCACGGCUUUCCAACUGAAUGUUACCCCAGACUAUAAAUCACUGUCACCGGCUGAAAUACGCACGAAAUACACUCUCCCUGACUUUGAUCACACGCUCACCGACUUUAUUCGUCGUUCAUCCCUGGCUAGCGACGAGCACACCUGCUGGGACCCCAAAUAUGGGCGCUUCCAGGUGUGGAACAAGUUUCGGCUGCAGCUGCACUCGGCCUUCCAGCCACGGGUCAUCAUGCCAAGCAGAGUAGUACAAGCAUACCCGCUGAGCAAUGAUUUCCCCUUGGGCAAUUGCGAUACCAUUCUUAUCGAUGGCCCGGGCAUGGAUGGCAACAUAACUAGUUAUGUCGCACAAGUUCGACUGAUUUUUCAACCGACGAUUCGACGAGGUUCUGAUGUGGAGCUGCCAUCGUACCUUUCCAACCCACUUCUCUAUGUCCAGUAUUUCCGUUUCAUCUCUCGUCCUGAAGACCGUCCUGAACUCAUGAUGUGGACCGUGGAACGCGUGUACACUCAUGAUGCAAAUGGUAACCGCCAUAGACAUGGAGCUGUCGUGCGACUUACGGAUGCAACGCAUGCGGUCGAAUUGAUACCGGAGUAUGGUGAGGCAGUGGACAAGAGCAUGACCUCUGCGACAUGCUCGGAAAGCUAUGAGCGUUUCUUUCUGAAUAAUUUUGCGGACAAGGAGAGUUAUCAUGCAUUCAGUACUGAGUUUGUAUAG